AUGAUGAAAACCUCGAACACUAGGAAGACUACGAGGAAAUUGAAUCGUAUGGCAAAGAAGAAGAAGAUAUCAAGAACUGUAAUUGAUGGUCUCAAGGAUAUCAAGGCUAGAAAGUCGAAGGAGUCGCGAAAGCGUGCUGUCAAUGUAGAAGACGACUGGGUUGCAGAUCGUGAAGCUCAGUAUGACGAAGAAGCUGAGGAUAUCCUUCCCCUGGAUAUGCUGGAUGCGGAUAUCGACUGGGAAAACAGCGCGUUCGCUGGGGUAAAGCGAAGGCAUGACGAGAAGUUCAAAUCGGGAGGCGAUGACGAUAAUAUUGAUGAUGGUGAUAUUGAAAUGAGGAAACGAAAGUUCGAUGGGCAGAUAGAUGAUAACCUGGAAGAAAUGUUGCCUAUAAAAUUGAAGGAUGGAACUCUUCUACGACCAACUCGUGAGAAGAAGAAAUUAGACAAUUCAGAUGAGGAGCUGGAACAAGAAAAUGAAGAACAAGAAGUGAAGCCCGAAAUGGAGGACUACUCUGGUUUAAGUGCUACGGAGCUACUUGCCAAGCGAAAAGAGCUUCUCGCUGAAUUCAAACUAACUAUAUCUACCUAUGCCCACCAACUCCUUACAAAUCCUCAAGAGAAUAUAUACAAGCUGAGGGAUCUAUUCCACUUGUGUCAAGGAGAAAAAGUUCGUCCACUGGUACGUGAGAGCGUGCAGAAACUUGCGGUGGUCAGUAUGCUUCAAGUUCUAAUCGACAUUAUUCCUGGUUACUCUAUCCGCGAACUCACGGCUGAGGAAAGGAAACAAAAGGUGAAGAAGGAAACAAAACGACUGCAAACAUUCGAAGAAUCUCUACUACGCUAUUAUCUGAAAUUUCUUCAGUUUUGCGAGAAAACAACAGGAAAGCUUGAUACUAAGGGACGGAAGCUAGCGGAGGACUCUUUCUCCUAUAAACUGGGAAUGUUGUGUUUGAAGUCAAUGAGCAGACUUGUCAUUUCUGCACCUCAUUUCAACUACGCCACUAAUAUAUUGUCGUCACUAGUUCGUCUCUCGUUAUGUGGUAUUCCGGCUGUGUGUGACACACUACACAGAGUAUUUCGUGAGGAUCUACACUUAAGGAUGUCAUUGUUCGGUGCGCGAAGCAUCGCUUCACUGGUUACUAAACGAAAAGGUCACGUUCCACCUCAACUAAUCGGCACAUUCCUUUCACUAAACAUCAAGGAAGUAAAAAACGAAGACAAGAAGUCUGGAAAAGGUCGGAUUUUUGCCAAAAGAGCUAUGAUAAAGAAGGAACGGGCUAACAAAACUGCGAGAAAGUACAAGAAGCAGCUUGAUAAACUGGAAGCGGAUUUGAAAGAACUCGAUGCAGCGGAGACGCUAUCUACGAAACUAAAAACGGCCACCGAAACGAUGAAACACGUAUUCCAAUGCUAUUUUUCUGUUUUGAAACGAGUUCCAAAUGUAGCUCUACUCGAACCUGUACUCGAGGGCCUAAGCAAGUUUGCUCAUCUUUUGGGAGUAGAAUUUUUCGAAGACAUAGUAUGCACUAUGGAGAAGCUCGUGGACAAGGAGUUGUACUGCAUUAAUACUGUUUUUGUUAUCUUAUCUGGAGACGGUCAACUUCUGAACAUCGACCCCUCAAGAUUCUACCGUUCAGUUUAUCGCUUGCUGAAUCAGUUACCUUUCGAAAAGAAACCAGAAAUCAGGAAAAAGCACAUGGUUGUGGUCUCAAAGGCUCUUGAUUCAAUGAUCAACGAAAGGCGGAAACAGCUGCCUUUGUCACGAGUGGCUGCCUUUGCAAAACGCAUUUUGGCAAUAGCAACUGUCAUGGAUGAUCCCUCUGCAUUGCUCAUGGAAAACUCAAUGCAACUGGUGGAAGAAGAUGACUCAGAAGGCGGUGCUGGAGGCAUUUUCCGCAGUGACAUUGACGAUCCAGACGUGUCUAAUGCGAUUGGUAGCACUGUGCGACCCGAGCUCAAAAUGUUGGCCGUUCAGCGACGACAUCGUUCACUGAACCAGAUUGCCCAGAACAUCCUCCAUUCGGUUCCAUCAACAGGCCCACUGAAGCUCAAUCCCCAGCUGACAUCUAUUAAACCGUGGGUGUUAAUGGAACGUGACAUUGAGGAAGCUGCGGAAGCGUCAGCAAGAACUAACACCAAAGAACCUUCAAUUUCACAUAGAGAACUGGUUACAGAGUAG